GAAAAAUAUUGAUGGAAGUAAGAGAUGAGUUGACAAUAAAUCAACCAAAAACUGAUUCAAAUUCACCACCCCAAAGCCCUCCUUUUGACACUUCUCAACCAAAUGUUCCUAAUGGUGGUCCCAACUCACCAGACACUAACCAAAAUUCUUCAAACAAUCAAUCUCCCAAUCAAGAGAAACAAAAUAACCCUAAUGAUAAUGGCCCGAUCCCCAAUCCACCGACUAAUGGUGAUAAUCAUGACCCUGAAAAGAAUGAUGAUUCUCCGCUGCCGAACCCAGAUGCUGACAUUCCGCCGAUUGACAUGUCCGGAAUAAAUAACGCAGCAACCACCGAGCAAGCCCAACAAGAAGCCCGAACUCAAAUUCAACAAUUAUUUGCUAAUAAAGAAUAUUUAAAGGAAUUAACGACCCAGUCAGAAAUAGCCACUUUUGUCAAAGAAAUAGAAAAGGAAAUUAGGGAAAAAUAUCAAACCCAACAAAACAAAAAUAAUGAUUCUUCUCCCGAUUCUUCCAACAAAAAUAAAAUAUUGGUCUGGUUGAUAGCGAGUGGAGUUUUGUCAGCAGUG